AGAAUGGUCGCUCGGACAAAUGCAACGCUUGAGAGAUGCAGAUAGUUCGAUAUUUGAACCAGAGUGCAUCUACACGUCAGGAGGCGGCUGGACGGAAGGAGGAGGGAGCGCUGAUUCCCAAACUAUGCCGUAUUUUGCCAAACUAAUGUUGUUGAUCUUUUGCGGGAUCCUUCUCGGGGAAGGUAGGAAGCACAGAAGGGGGAGAUGGACGGGAGAAGCGGAGGUGCAGAAAACAAGUCACACAUAUAAAAAGAACUAUGACAUGACCAAAACUUGGCCAGGGAACAACAAACAGCUUCUGAGGGUAGAGGACCAUGAUUUCACCAUGAGGCCUGCCUUUGGAGGGCCGGCUAUUCCUGUUGGAGUGGAUGUGCAGGUUGAAAGUUUGGACAGUAUUUCAGAAGUCAAUAUGGACUUUACAAUGACACUGUAUUUGAGACAUUACUGGAAAGAUGAGCGUCUCUCCUUUCCCAGUCAUGCAAACAAGAGCAUGACUUUUGAUGGGCGGUUGGUGAAGAAGAUCUGGGUGCCAGACGUUUUCUUUGUCCACUCUAAAAGAUCCUUCAUCCAUGAUACCACCACUGACAACAUCAUGUUGCGGGUGUACCCAGAUGGCCAUGUGCUCUACAGCAUGAGGAUCACAGUGACAGCAAUGUGCAACAUGGACUUCAGCCGCUUUCCACUAGAUUCACAGACGUGUUCACUGGAGCUUGAGAGCUAUGCAUAUACAGAUGAAGAUUUGAUGUUAUAUUGGAAAAAUGGGAGUGAAUCUCUAAAAACAGAUGAAAAGAUUUCCUUGUCUCAGUUCUUGAUUCAAAAAUUUCAUACAACCUCCAGACUUGCAUUCUACAGUAGUACUGGUCGGUAUAAUCGCCUGUACAUUAACUUUAUUCUGCGUCGCCAUAUUUUCUUCUUUCUGCUCCAAACAUAUUUUCCUGCCACGCUGAUGGUCAUGUUAUCCUGGGUUUCCUUCUGGAUCGACCGCAGAGCUGUGCCAGCCAGAGUUUCAUUAGGAAUUACAACAGUGCUGACCAUGUCUACCAUCAUCACUGGUGUCAAUGCCUCCAUGCCUGGCGUUUCCUACAUCAAGGCUGUGGACAUUUACCUCUGGGUCAGUUUUGUGUUUGUCUUCCUCUCGGUCAUUGAAUACGCAGCUGUGAACUACCUGACCACGGUGCAAGAGCGGAAGCAGCGGAAGCAGCAAGAGAAGUUUCCAUGCAUGGGUGGAAUACCUUCUACCAAACAAAUGACACUAGAUGGCAUAUACAGUGAGUUGGAUGCCAGUAGCCUAGAAGGAGACCCAAGAAGUCAAAUGAUAGCUGAGGAAGAUAAACAAGAGAAGAUGGUGAUCCAUUUGACUAUGAGUAAUGAGUCUAACUCAUCAAAGAAGAAGGGGCUCAAAGAGCAUGUUAGCCUACGUAUUAUCCAGAACACUCAUGCAAUUGACAAAUAUUCAAGGUUAAUAUUCCCAGGCACCUAUAUAUUUUUUAACAUAGUAUACUGGUCUGUCUUCUGCUGAACAUGGUCUGGCUGUGGUUGACUCAGGAGAUAUUUAGAAGAUUCCACUGUUAAAAUUUUGGAGUCCAAGCAAGAAAAUAAUGCAUCCUGUAGCAGCUUUGGCACAUGGAAACACUGGAUAUUUUUCUAAGAAACAUUUCACACAAUGGUGUUGGAGAUGGUUGACUCAAGCUGGAUACUUUCUGCUCCCUGUCACUUUCUUAAUGUAUGACAAGUUUGUUUUUCAUACUUGAAAACAUGCAGCUGUUGAACUUGAGUCUCAGCCAUUGCAGGAUCAUCAUAAUAGGCGUAAAGGUUGCCAGAGAAAUACUUAUAAAAGUGGCUAGGAAUCUGCUAUGUGACCUUUACUGAGACAGUUGAAGUAAGAGAAAUGUGUUCCAUUUUAUCAGCCAGCAUGGUAAUGUGGACCAUCUUUAUUAUAAGGGGUUGUUGGCACCCGUAUGAGAGUUCUUUUGUAAGAAGCAGUCACUAUGAAUCGGUCCCCAAGCUAGACAGACAGGUUAGAAUGCAUCAGGGGAUGCAUGCAAGGCUCCUGGAAAAGGCUGUCUUUAUCAGGAUUGUGCUCUUAGAAUUUUUAUGUAAAAAUACGUUGGGGAGGAUAAAAGAAAUGUUCUCACCAAACCAAGGAGCUGAUAAGUAAAAAGAAAUACUAAGAAGAUAUAUGCUUAAAUAUACUUCUAAAGGAUGCCCUCAGAAGUCUUUGCAUUAUCAUAGACAUCUCUCUUCACCUGGGGCUAUACAGUCCAGUUGCAUUUACUGGUCCUUACAAGUGUUCUGAAUCAAACAUGGGUAGUCCUUGUUUAGCAACUGCCCUGUUUAGCAACCAUUUGCAGUUACCACGGUGAUGAAAAAGUAACUUUGCAACCAAUCCUCACAUUUACCACCUUUACAGGUCUGUAAAGCAGAGGAAAGCUGAAGUAAGAUUGUAGCACAGUCAUGGUUUCACUUAGCAACUGCUUCACUUAACGACAGUGUUGCUGGUCCCAAGUGUGGUCGCUAAACAAGAAGUACCUGUAUGUUGAAAGCCUCUGGUGUUCCCUAACCUCUUUCAGUGAUAUUGAAGGAACCACUAGGCUUGGGUAUCUGGAAGUAGCACAGAGCUAGCCAAGACAUUUUGCUGCUGAAAUGAAGCACAAGUUGGAAUAUCCGCUCUAUCCCAUGUACAGAAAUUGAUGGGACUGGUGGUUUUAUCAUACUCCAAGCCUCCUACCCUUUAUCUUAGGGCCAAUGACAUCUGGCACUCACCAGAGUGAGUCUUCACUAAUCCACCUAUAAAGAAGCAUAGUUACUUGCUCUUUAUAAGUUGUUUCCUUUAUACAUAGAAUAUAUAUUGUUUUAUAAAUCUUUUAAGUAUUUAGUUGACAAAAUGCUAGUGUCCUUUCUGAGGAUAGAACUACUAAUUAUAGUUUCUUUUGACAGUAAGAUAAAGCUACCUUUUGAGGCUGCAGCACUCAUGUUUUAUUUGGAUCAGUGAACAAUAGAAAAAUGAAUCUGAAGCUCAGUCUGAAUUUUCAAGUAACAAAGAAUCAGUGAGACAACACUCCAAUCUGAACUUGCAGGAUGCUCCAUCCUUGGGCUCUCCAUGUUUUUUUCUGUUCUGCUGGUGGCAGACCGGCAGGACAGAAGUGAGAUGGGAGAACCAUUAGCCUCUCUCUGCCGUUUCCCAUCAAUCUUAAUUUUCUUGUCCUUUUCUUCCAUUUGCAAGCAGUGGGAAGGAACAGAUUAAGACUAAGCCAUUGUUUGUUUUCAAUUCCUUCUCCAAACUGGGGGCAAGGGUGCCUGAACUUUGGAUGCAAAACUUUUCCAAGCUUGACACGACUCCUUUUGGGCCUUCCUGAUUAUCAGGAACAGUGACAGGAGGGGAAAUCUGACUUUUUUUCCUAUGAAAUGGGAAAUGUUCCUCCAACCUUAGAAGUGGAAGUCCGCUUGCAAUUUUUACCCCUGGUUCAUGGAUCCUUGUUGGAAUAUCUUAAACUGCUUGUCAAAACUUAGUUUUGUUCCGUUGAAUGUAUAUGCUGCCCAGCACACAAAGGGGAAGAAAUGCAGAAAGCGAUGUUAAAAAGCCAUGAAAUGAGAAAUGCCCAUCAAUACAUUUGUAACACAUGGAGAGUCUAGUCCACAGUUUAUUUUCUUCUGUUCUAUCUGUGCAUACACAGCAACAUACAGUAGAUGAUAAUUUUUGCAAGUGAUGAAGGGAUUAUCCUUUCAACAAAUACUGCCUGGUUGAUCUAAAUUUUACUUCUUCCCAAAUCUGCUGCUUCAGCCCCAUAUAGUGGGCAACAUAUAUGUAUCCCUCAGAGGCUUUCAGAACAAUCUUGUGUUUGUCCAUGGUGCUGCCGCCAUUUUUUCUACUCUUCCUGCUCAAACUGUUACUACUAAUGGGAGCACAUACUUCUCAAACACACCAUUUUAGUCUCUGAAACUUUGGUGGGGGGAGCAUGGCAGUGAUACAAUUUCAUAAGAAGAGGCAGGGAUGAUUGUGUGGUUUUUAUUGUGAGUCGCCCAGAGUUGCACUCUUAAGAUGAGUGGCCAUACAAAUAUA